AUGCCCCAACAAAAACAUUCAACAACACAAUCUUGGCUACAUUUUUAUUCGUCUCAAUUUUAUAUUUAUUUUUAUUUAUUUGCCUCAAUAUUUUUGAUAUUUCCUUCAAUUCAAUUGAAAUUUGACAAUGACGAGUUUGAAUUAAAUUUACAGUUGAUAAAGCACCAACCCUGUGGUUUUAGACAAGACAAAAGCAAAUGGGAAAGAAAAGUAGAGUUUGAAGGGGGGAAUGAAAAGGAAGGGCCGAAACUGAUUCCGAGACCGAAUGAAACUAAUUGUUAUUCAAUUGGUGGUAAAGUUACUGUUUAUAGUGAAUUUAAAGGAGAAUUCAGCAUUUAUUUGGAAUUGCGUAGCUCAGCAAAUAAAAAGCAAGUCCCUGAACAGUGCAAUAACCGUAGAGAAGAUGGGUGUGGAGGGUUUGGUUCAUGUCUUUAUUGCGAUGCCUGUCAAACACUCGAAACAAACAAAGAACUCAAAGCACAACUUUUACUAGAUGGAAAGCCUUUAAGUUGUGGGGAAGGAGUUAAACCUGGAAUAUAUGAAAAUAUGGAAUUAGCUUUUUGUCUCCCAAAUGCAGAUGAAAUGUUGAAAAGUCAGGGAUUGACUAAAGAAACAUUUAAGAGUUUAAUACAAUCUGAGGAUGGAGGAAACAAUGUUCAUUCACUUGGUGUUUUUGCUACUAUUUAUGUUUUUGAUAGGUAA